AUGAGAUUAUUGAUUAGUAUAAAUUUGGAGAAUCCUAAAGAUGUUCAUGAAAAAUACGAUGAAUUAUUUGCUAGAGAUUUGCCAAAAGAAUACGAAGAAAAUGAUUAAGUACUAUCAAUUGAAUAUCAUUUGAUCAACUUGCCAGUAACAUUGAGAUCUAACCCAAAAGACCUAAUGAAAGUAUUAAGUCAAACAGACAAACCAGAUUACUUUGAAAACUAGGUCAUCCAAAGCAUUAUCAAGUUUAAAUGGAAUGAAUAUACAAAGUCUUUUUACAAGAACAGAUUCUAUACUUACCUUAUCUUUAUGGCCUCUUUUAUUUUCGAUAUCUUUUAUUCAGCCUAUGCUUCUGCCUCAUAAACUGAUACGAAUUCAUAAGAUAAGAAGGAAGUAGAUCAUCAAACUCAAAUUUGGCUUAAAAUAUUAACAAAAGUAAUCUGCAGUAUUGUACUUUUCUACUUCUUGACAUAUGAGAUAAAUUAAAUUAGAGUUCAGAAAAGAGAUUACUUAAAAGAUGGGUGGAAUUAUUUUGACUUUUCUCACAUUAUUGCUUUUGUGGUAUACUGCAUUCUAGACUUUACUAAUGAAAACCAAGAAAACCUAAUCUUGAUUAAAAUAGUCGUAAUAGUUUUAUCCUUUAUGAAGCUUUUCUUCUUUUUGAGAAUUUACGAUGGCUUCAGUUUUUUAGUUUAAAUGAUGGCUGGUGUCUUUAAGGACCUUCAAUACUUCUUGAUAUUCUUCAUCAUUUUCAUCUUGCAGUUUGGUAUGAUCUUCUUAGUCUUAUUCAAGGCCUAAUAGAUCGAUGAAUACAAUGGAGUGAACAAAUUAGCAUAUUUCUUGAUGGCCUUUAGAAUUUCAUCAGGUGACUUUCAGCUAGAUGACUAUCAUAGUUAAGAAGAUGGAUUAGUAAUAUUUACCUGGAUCAUCUGGUUAAUUGCAGUUAUGACUUUGAAUAUCAUCUUCAUGAACUUCAUUAUUGCUGUGAUAUCAGAAUCCUAUGAAAGAGUGAUGUAGAAACUAGUAGCUGAAUCUUACAAAGUCAAAGCUAAUAUGAUUGUUGAGAGAGAGUAGCUAUUCAAUGAAAGUGACAUGAUAAGCAAAGAUUAUUUCCCUAACUUUAUUGUUGUACGUAGACCAUUAAAUACAGAGACUAAUGAAGGUGGCGAAUGGUAAGGAUUUAUUAAAGAUCUCAAAUACACCAUAAGAACAUCGGCUGUCAAGUCUAAGAUUGAAAUUAUUUAAAAUCUACACUCUCUUAACUCCGUUCAAAGCUAAAUUUAAACCUAGAAUCAAGAAAAUAGCUAAAAACUGAGUAAAAUUGAUGUUGCAUUAGAAAAAAGAUCUACCAACAUUUAAUCUAAUGAAAGUAUGGAUGGAAAAAUUUCAAUGUUGAAUUAGAAGCUUGAUCAAGUAAAGGAGAAUAGCCAAAGAGAAUUUUAGCAUUUAAAAACAGAAGUUUAAGGACUUGAUGCUAAAAUUGAGGGUCUUGAUUCAAAUGUCCUUAAAAUUCAAGAUGAUAUGGAAUUCAUUAAGAACUCCUUAACUUAGAUUCUUAAAAAUUAUAAACAGUGA